CGCUCGGAGCGGGGCGGGCGGAGCCGCUGCCGGUGCCGGCCCCGUGGCGGAGCCGGGGUCCCUCCAUGCCGCCAUGGCCCCCCGCGCCCCCCGCGCCCCCCGCGCCCUGGCCCUGCUGCUGGCGAUCGGCGCCCUCGCAUCCGCGUGGCCCCCCCAAAACUCCAGCGCUGGCGAGGGGAGAGCCUGGGAGGGCUCGUUGGAGAGCAGCCCCCCGAAAUGGGACCUGGCGAGUGGAGACCCGCCAGGGGGACCCAGCAACAGCACGAGCGCCGGGGGGGCCGCGGCAGGACCCCAGCUAGAGCCCCCUGGGGGGGGCACGGCCACCACGGAGCCGUCGGCCGUGCCCGAGGGGUGCCCGGGGUGCGCCGGGGAGGGCGAGGCCAGCGCCGUGCCCCCCCGAGCCGUCACCUGGCCCGGGGACGGGGGCACGGUGCCGGUGGCCCUCGGCAGCCCCGAGGAGCCCGGGAGCGGUGACCGACCCACGCCGGCCUCCCCGCCCGGCCCGGGGGGCUUCGGGGGGCUGCCGGCCGCCCUGCCGAGCCCCCCCGGGCCCCAGCUCGCCACCGACUCUGCCGAAUCCGACCUGCUGCUGGCGGCCGGGGGCUCGGCCGCGCCGCGGACCCCCGUGCUGGGCGAGCCCGGCCCCGUGGCCGCCGCCGGGGGGGACUCGGGGGGUCCCCCGGAGCUCUGGGCCGCCGCCUCCAGCCCGGCCCCGGCGCAGGGGGCCCGCGGCUGGACCGACCUGACGUGGCUGCAGGAGCCCGUCACCGCCGCCACGGGCCCGCCCAAGCCCCCGGCCGAUCGGACGGGCUCCGAGAUCAUCGACGUCGACUACUACGACCUGUUCGAGGGGGGCGAGGGACUGGGGGGCUUCCCCGGGGGCGGCCGGGGCGCGGCCGGCUCGGCGCGGCGGCGGGAGCCCGAGGGGGCGGCCACGCCCUGGGCCCUGCACGAGCUCUACGACGACUUCACGCCCUUCGACGACGCCGAUUUCUACCCCACCACCUCCUUCUACGCCGACGGGGACGACGAGGACGAGCUGGAGGACGAGGAGGAAGAGGAGGAGGAAGACGGCGGGCUGGAGGACGAGAACGGCUACCGGCCGCCCGCCUCGGCCGUGCCCGGCGCCGCGCCGGCCCCGCAGGAGCCCCGGCCCACCGGGAACCGCGCCGCGGCCCCGCCGCCGCCGCCCGGGCUGGCCGGGGGCAGCCCCACGGCCUGGCCGCGGCCGGGGGAGCGGGGCCCGCCCGAGAACGGCUCCGAGUGCCGGAGCGGGUACGUGCGGCACAACAGCUCCUGCCGCUCCCUCUGCGACCUCGUCCCCAGCUACUGCCACAACGGCGGCCAGUGCUACCUGGUGGAGAGCCACGGGGCCUUCUGCCGGUGCAACACGCAGGACUACACGUGGCACAAGGGCACGCGCUGCGAGUCCAUCGUCACCGACUUCCAGGUGAUGUGCGUGGCCGUGGGCUCGGCCGCGCUCGUGGUGCUGCUGCUCUUCAUGCUCACCGUGUUCUUCGCCAAGAAGCUCUACCUGCUCAAGACGGAGAACAGCAAACUGCGCAAGACCAAAUACCGCACCCCGUCCGAGCUGCACAACGACAACUUCUCCCUCUCCACCAUCGCCGAGGGCUCCCACCCGAACAGAGAAGCGAAGGGCUUUGCGGAGCCGGAGGAGGAGCGUAGGUCCCUUUAGCCUUCCCCCACCCACGGCCGGUGUUCCCCGUCUUCCGACCGCCUUUAGCAGCCCUAGCCGCCCUGGCAGGAGGCUCCGGGGCCGGCUCCCUCCCCGCUGCCGAGAGGAUCAGCCUCGGGAUGAACUCGGUGCCGCUCCCCGGCGUCUCGCCGGGCGCUGACACAUUCCCGGUCCCCUCCGGAGCUGGAGGGUUCGGCACACGGUGCCUGGGACGCAGCAGCACUCCGAGGAUGAGGAGGGGUCAGCAGGGUCAGCACCCCCGGAAAGGGGUUUUUGGGGAUCCUGCAGCCAAUGGCACCAGCUCCGGACUGGCCGGAUGUCACUGCGCAGGAGAUGGGGAUCCUGCCCCUGUGUGACGCCUGUCCUUGGGUGUCCCCGUCUGUCUGCCGCUCUCCGCGUGGCACCGGCAGCACCGGAACCACCAGGGCCCGGCCCGGCCCGCCCUGG